CCUGACAAAAACACAAGCCGGUGGCCACUUAUUACGACUAAAUUUGAACAACUCAAAACAGCUUCUAGGUAUGUGUUUAUCAGGGUUGGUUUUAUAAUGGUAAAUUGUGAUGCUUUUUAUCUAUUCCAAUUUGUUUUUCGAUAAUUUUGUUGUUAUACCACUUUUAACCAGCCCCCCGCGGGUCGUCUUUAAAAAACCCCUCUUUAUUAAAAAAAAACUAGGAGUGCUUAGUACACGAGGCACUCGCAAUCACAAUGAGGAUCGGUACAGGAGCGUGACGCUAGAACUUCCAACAGGUACCAAGUUGCGUACCAUGAAACGCGAAGCAGAUAGAGCCUAUUUCGGGGUGUUUGACGGACACGGUGGUCCUUUAGUUUCGGAAUGGCUCGCUGAACAGUUACAUCAAAAGAUCGAGACGGUCACAUUGGACGACUUUCCGCGUAUUCUGUCCACAUUGAGAGGUUAUGGUGGUUAUUUUCGACGGUUCAGGAUACCAUCCACACUCGAGGGUUUGGUAGACGAAAAGACAGGGACUUUAAAAUCCAAUGUAUCUCCAGACGAUUUAUCGUUGGAUCAACGGCUGACGCUGGCGUUCCUGGAUGCAGAUGUAGAAUGUUUAGACUUUUUACGGGACGAUGGACCGGAUGGAUACCAUGAAGGCUCGACAGGAAGUAUAGCAAUCAUUGAACCACACGAUGCAAAGCCGUUUUGGGAUAGUGAGCGGUAUGAAAUUGUCAUUGGUCAUGUUGGCGAUACAAGGAUAUUGCUAUGCGAUGCAUCAACGGGCCAAGUGGUUACCUUGACAACAGGCGAUCAUCACCCUAGCAACCCGAACGAACAAGAUCGAUUACGAAAAUACGCGGGCUUUGUUACAACAGAUUCAUGGGGCGAUGACCGGAUCCUCGGCAUGCUUGCUACAAGUCGUGCUUUUGGUGAUGCCAAACUUAAAAGAUACGGAGUCUCUUCCGAACCAGAUAUUGUACGACAUACUAUCGAGAAAGAUAAUCCUGCUGCGUUUUUGGUGCUGGUCACGGAUGGUUUAACGUCAGUCAUGUCGGAUCAAGAAAUUGUCGAUGUCGUUAAAACAGGAGCUGAUCCAACCAUGUCAGCGAGAAAACUCGUUGACAUUGCCGAUCAAUAUGGAUCAGAAGAUAACUGUACAGCCAUGGUCGUUCGAUUGAAGGACUGGGGAACCCGUAUGCAUGAUCUUACGCACGAUCUGAGAGAAUAUCGGUUAGCGAACUCUUCCAUGAGCAGUCGACAGUCCUGGUAAAAUACAUGACAAAGGAAAAGAAGAACGUUGUUCCCUUGUAACAUAUCGCUGUGUAUGCACCCGAUAACUAUAUACUGCACAUUACACUACUCUAUGCUACUACACUCUAUAUUGUAUAUACAAAAUGUGUUCAUAUCCCCUCUCUAGAAAAAAAGACAGAGCCGAAAAAAAAGCCAGUACCGUAAGCGGUUUGGUACUGUACUCACCUUUUAAAAAACUCGAGUUUUUUUUUUCAUUUUCUUUCACUUUUCCC